AAAUUAAACAUUCAAUUAGCCAGGUAAAAUUCAUGUAUAAUUUAGGAGCUUGUCUUCUUCUUUGCUUUUACUUUUCGUGUGGUAAUGUUCCAACAAAGCGGCAUGAAGAAUAUUAUAAGACAAUUUCGGUGAAAAGUUCCACCAUGAGUUACAUUGAUACAGGUGGUGAUUUUGAAAAUACGGUUGUCUUUUUGCAUGGAAAUCCGGCGUCAUCUUACCUAUGGAGAAACAUAUACCCAAAGAUUUCUUACAUCGCCCGCUGUCUUGCUCCUGAUUUAAUUGGAAUGGGUCGUUCUGAUAAAGUCGAGGAUCUCAUGUAUACGUUUGAUGAUCAUUUCCAGUAUCUUUCUGAGUGGAUGAACAAGGUUGUGAAAACUAAAAAAGUGACACUAGUGCUCCAUGACUGGGGAUCAGGGCUUGGCUUUCAUUGGGCAAACUUACAUCGUGACAGAGUUCAAUCUAUUAUACACUUUGAGAGUGUGACCGGCCCAAUUGUUUGGGGAGAUUACAACGAAAAUGCAAGACGUCUUCUACAAACAUUCAGAGGACCGCAAGGUGCGAUUGUAGCUCUUCAAAAUGAUUUACUUGUCGAGAGUAUAAUGACUGGCGGUGUAUUGAGAAAACUCACAGAAGAAGAAAUUGCAGAGUAUAACAAACCUUUCAUAAACCCCGGAGAAGACAGGAGACCUCUGUUAGCUUGGCCAAAACAACUCCCAAUUAGAGGCGAAGGUCCAAACAAUACACUUGCAUACGCCUAUUCAUAUCCGAAGUGGCUUUCAACAAGCUCCUACCUUCCAAAGCUACGCAUUCUUGCUAAACCGGGAGGCUUGUCGUCAAUCGUGGAAAAACAAUCUGAAGACUGGCCGAAUCAGAUGACGGUUACUGUAAAAGGACUUCACUUUAUCCAAGAAGAUUCGCCUGAAGAAAUUAGCGACGCUAUCUACUGCUUUUUGAAUCUUAAAGUGUUCAGUGAACGCUUGUCCUAAAUGAUCAGAAAUAACUGUUUAGUCAGUGAAUGGUGAUAAUCGCGUACGCAGUUUCUCACAGCGCAGUUGUUUGACUUACUGUAAAAUAUUGUACAGCAUUAACUUUUACCUUUUGAUUGAUAUACAAUAUUGUGCUACUCGAGUAAAUGAAAUUGAGAUGCUU